CAUUUUCAAGUCAUCUUUUCUGAGGAUUGAAAUUUCCUGGCACAAAAUUGAUUGUGCUUUAAGUGACUCAAUUAGAUUUUUUUAAAAGGUGAUCUAAACUUACAUAGAAAAAAGUGGUAUCAAUUUGAUGUCAGGGGUUUUCCAUGAUUGAAAGAGAAUUUAUAGAAGACAAUUUAAAGGAGAGUCUGCAGACAGCUACACAUCUACACAUUGAAGGAAAGAUGCUCUCCCACCUGCUUUUCCUUUCUAUCUUGUUUUUGUUCGUGAGUGGAAGGAACCCCUGCUCAAAAUCAGAACCAUCCAUGGUUACACAGUAUCUCAUUGGGCGUUUGGAGAAAGAAGCUACUACAACAUGCGAUUGUAAUUCCAAUGUGACUGACUGUUUAUGCCUGCCUGUCUCUUCUUAUCACAACUGUAGCACAUCAUGCUUUGAGUACGGACUGACAAUGAUGUCUCAUACACUGAAACCAGAUUAUAAUCAAACCAUCAAAAGAGUGAAAAAUUAUGUCCAGCAACUGGGGAAGUUCAAAUGCAAACCAUUUUCAUGUUACCAGCCUUGUAAUGAAACAUUCACUGUAAACACAAUGCAGUUUCUGAAGUUUCUCCAAGAAAACUUCCAGAAAGCGCCUAUUUCUAACAACCAAUGAA